CGAUUUCCAUGAUGGAGUAGUAUUUUGAAAAUCUGUUUGCAUGAUUUUGAAGGGUUUAUAAUUCUAUAAUAUUGCAGUGCAUUCGGUCCUGCAGGCGGGCCGUAUUCUUGCAGUUCUGUGACGCGGCCUGUGGUCAAACAUGAAGCACCCGAGCAUGCCGCAUGUAGCAAAACUGCAUUGGAUUUGAGGUCUACAUAAUCCUGGGUAAUAUUAAAAUUAUUUUGGUGCAACGGCCAACGUCUUUUUAUGAAAUGCGUUCGGACCGCGGGAAGUUGCGAGGCCCGCAGCUGAACUUUGUUGAACGCGGCAUGGAAACAAGAUAUUGUUGUUACAAAGGCACUGCAAUUUCGCUCUGUGACCCGACCAACGGUAUUCGCACGCUGAUUGAGCGCUCGGACAAAAUUCCUAAGGGGGUCGUGGAGGAGAUUGCGUGUUUUUGGUACAACAACAGUGUACUCAGUCCACUCGCGAGGGGCAGUGUAAAGAUUCCGGGUAUUGUUGCCUUGUACUUUCCACGGAGGAUAGUCCAAAAAACGUAUCGUCAGCUGUACUUGGAUUUCCUGCAUCAGCACAGCACCGCCUUCCACGUGUCGUUUGGCUUCUUCGUGGGAGCAAAGCCUGGAACCCCCGAUAAGUUGCAAGUCCCCUCACAAACUCAGAGCCACGCGCAGAUUGGGCCUUCCGCUCGUAUGGGUAGUUUUACAGAUGUACGGUGCUGGGUUUCUGUUCAGCAUUUGCUAACAGCAGUAAGUUUUUUGAUAUACGGUUAUAUGGUGAUGAUCGUGAGCACGUCCCCCAAGACGUUUUGUGGGGGGUGUCAUGGGUAUAAGGAGCAGGUCGAACGUGAGGGGCCCUACUCGCGCUCUGGCACGCGGCUGCACACGCACACGCACACGCACGUGCGAAUACCGUUGGUCGGGUCACAGAGCGAAAUUGCAGUGACUUUGUAA